UUGAAAUUUAUACGAUCAAACAUGCAUCAUGUCCGUUCCUUCCUAAACGCCGUGUCUGACGCUCGUCCUCUGUCUCCUGUCUAGGUGCGAAACGCGACGGCGGUGUUCAUCAUGAACCUGGCGCUGUCGGACCUGCUGUCGGGGCUGCUGACGCUGCCGCUGGCCGCGUCCACGUUCUGGCGGCGGGCCUGGGCGCACGGCCACCUGCUCUGCCGCCUGUUCCCGCUGCUGCGCUACGGCCUGCUCGCCGUCUCGCUCUUCAGCGUCCUGGCCAUCACCAUCAACCGCUACGUCAUGAUCGGCCACCCGACGCUGUACCCCAGGUGAGUGAGGUGGAGGGCGUACAGUCGGCUAAUGAGCCCCUC